UUCAGGAGGAGCCAUGGGGAGCUGGGCCUGGGUCCCCAGCCCCUGCCCCCUACCUGGGCUGUCCCUGCUGCUGCUGCUGCUGCUGCUGCUGCUGGUGCCUCGCGGGGCUCAGCCCCAGGCGGGCAGGAACCAAACGGAACCCCCAGAACAAAGUACCACAGUGACCCCUGAGACUCCUAUCAUCCCUGUAACCUCGGGGACCCCCAGAAUCCCAACCAUGAGAGCUCCAAAGGCAGAGGGACCCCAUGGUGGGGAGCUUAGCCCGCUGUCCAGGGCAGCCCCCUCCAACAGCAGCCCUGGGGGCACAGUGCUCACCGAGGCCGGGCAGCCCUGCAGGUUCCCCUUCCGCUACGGCGGCCGCAUGCUCCACUCCUGCACUUCGGAGGGAAGUGCCCACAGGAAGUGGUGUGCCACGACUCACAACUAUGACCGGGACAGGGCCUGGGGCUAUUGUGUGCAGACCUCCACUCCGCAGGAGGGCCCAGCUACCCUGGACCCCUGUGCCUCUGGUCCCUGUCUUAAUGGGGGCUUGUGCUCGAGCACCCAGGGCCCUGAGUCGUACCACUGCACCUGCCCCGUGGCCUUCACGGGCAAGGACUGUGGCACCGAGAAAUGCUUUGAUGAGAGCCACUAUGAGUACCUGGAGGAAGGCGAUCGCUGGGCCCGCGUGCACCAGGGCCGAGUGGAACAGUGCACAUGCGUGGGGGGCCAGGUUCGGUGCGAGGGCUCCCGCCACACAGCUUGCCUGAGCAGCCCAUGCCUGAAUGGGGGCACCUGCCACCUGAUUGUGGCCACCGGGACCACCGUGUGUGCCUGCCCCCCGGGCCACACCGGGCGGCUCUGUGACAUUGCGCCCGCCCAGCACUGCUUCCGAGGGAGUGGCACUGACUACCGAGGCGUGGCAGGCACGGCAGCCUCGGGCCUCAGCUGCCUGGCCUGGAACUCCGACCUGCUCUACCAGGAGCUGCACGCGGACUCCGUGGGCGCCGCGGCCCUGCUCGGCCUGGGUCCCCACGCUUACUGCCGGAACCCAGACAAGGACGAGAGGCCCUGGUGCUACGUGGUGAAGGACAGCACGCUCUCCUGGGAGUACUGCCGCCUGGCCGCCUGCGAAUCCCUGGCCAGAAUUCAACCCCCGCCCCCUGAGGUCUUGCUGUCUGAGCCCCCCGUAGCUGGAUCAGCUGGACGCCAGACCUGCGGCAAGAGGCACAAGAAGAGGAGCUUCCUGCGGCCACGCAUCAUUGGCGGCUCGUCCUCGCUGCCUGGCUCGCACCCCUGGCUGGCCGCCAUCUACAUCGGGAACAGCUUCUGUGCCGGGAGCCUUGUCCACACCUGCUGGGUGGUGUCUGCAGCCCACUGCUUUUCCAACAGCCCCCCCAGGGACAGCAUCUCCGUGGUCCUGGGACAACACUUCUUCAACCACACGACUGACGUGACCCAGACGUUUGGCAUAGAGAAGUACAUCCCAUACCCCCUGUACUCAGUGUUCAACCCCAGUGACCAUGACCUUGUCCUGAUCCGGCUGGAGAAGAAGGGGGAACGCUGUGCUGUCCGCUCCCAGUUCGUCCAGCCCAUCUGCCUCCCUGAGCCCGGCAGCUCCUUCCCGGCUGGACACAAGUGCCAGAUUGCAGGCUGGGGCCACCAGGAUGAGAACGUGAGCGGCUACUCCAGCUCGCUGCGGGAGGCACUGGUCCCCUUGGUCGCUGACCACAAGUGCAGCAGCCCUGAGGUAUAUGGGGCAGACAUCAGCCCCAACAUGCUGUGCGCUGGAUACUUCGACUGCAGGUCGGAUGCCUGCCAGGGGGACUCAGGCGGGCCCCUGGCCUGUGAGAAGAAUGGCGUGUCCUACCUGUAUGGUGUCAUCAGCUGGGGUGAUGGCUGCGGGCGGCUCAACAAACCGGGCGUCUACACCCGCGUGGCCAACUACGUGCACUGGAUCAAUGACCGGAUUUGGCCCCCUAAGCGGCCUGUGAAUCCCUCCUGAGACCCCCCCUGGGAGCAUCCUGCCUCCAUGCCGUUCCCUCCUCACUGGCAAUAAAGCUGUUUCCA